UGUGCGGAGUUUAUUUCGGUAACUCCAGUUGAUAUUUCCACAAAUGCCCACUGCCCAUGUCUGCAAUUCGCUCUCCGGUUCGAUGGGCAGAAUAAAGGCGAGUCCUUGAUUUCGUUUCGCACCCGCUGUUUGACUCGAUGAUGAUGAUAGAGAGAGCCCGUGCAUAGUUGUUGUCCGAGGGUGUAUUCUUAAGGAAAGUUCCAUAAGGGUCCAUCUCUGUGGACAGAAUCAAGUGGUGUUUGGUAUUGAGGAUUUGGAUUUGGAUUUGGUGUGGUGAGAUUGAAGAAGAAGAAGAAGAAUGGUGGAUGUAACACAGGCUUCAAUGAUGCACCAUGUGUGCAUUGUGCUGUUUGCUCUUUGGUUGCUUUCCAAAUUCGAUUGGUGCACGCCACUCGCCUACUUUGUCUCCUUCAUCUAUCUCUACCUGGUGCACGAGCAUUUCAUCAUUAGGUUGCAAAAGAAAAUGCAAUUUGAGGAAAAGAGACAAUCGAGCCAGAGAAGGGUUCUUACUGAUUCUGAGACAGUUAGGUGGUUGAACUAUGCUGUGGAGAAGAUGUGGCCUGUCUGCAUGGAGCAAAUUACAUCACAGAAGAUUCUCCUUCCUAUCAUACCUUGGUUCUUGGAGAAGUACAAACCGUGGACUGCUAAGAAAGCCUCAGUCCAGCAUUUGUACAUGGGAAGGAACCCACCUAUAUUUACAGACAUGCGGGUUCUUCGUGAAAGCUCGGAAGCUGAUCACUUGGUUUUAGAAUUGGGAAUGAAUUUUCUCACUGCAGAUGAUAUGAAUGCGAUACUUGAUGUUCAACUGCGGAAAAGGUUGGGUGGAGUGAAGGCAAAGUUGCAUCUGACCAGCAUGCAUGUGGAAGGAAAGGUCUUGAUUGGAAUAAAAUUUAUCCCUAGAUGGCCUUUUCUUGGUCGUCUAAGGGUGUGCUUUGCUGAGCCACCAUAUUUCCAAAUGACAGUGAAGCCUCUAUUUACCCAUGGGAUUGAUGUGACGGAACUUCCUGGUAUAGAUGGAUGGCUAGAUAAUCUUCUAUGUGUUGCAUUUGAGGAGACCCUUGUUGAGCCCAAUAUGCUAGUUGUUGAUGUAGAGAAAUUUGCUGGUCCUCCUUCACAAGAGAGUUGGUUCUCCAUAGACGUGAAGGAACCCGUUGCUCAUGCCAAAGUAGAAGUCAUUGAAGGAUCUGAAAUGAAACCGUCGGAUAUGAAUGGUUUGGCUGAUCCAUAUGUGAAAGGGCAGAUGGGACCUUACAGAUUCAAGACUAAGAUACGGAGAAAGACAUUGGCUCCGAAAUGGCUAGAGGAUUUCAGGAUUCCUAUCAUAACGUGGGAGUCACCUAAUAUUUUGAAUUUUGAAGUUCGUGACAAAGACCCUAUUUUUGAUGAUGCCCUCGGAAUUUGUUCUAUAAAUAUUAAUGAUCUCAGAGAUGGACAGAGACACGAUACAUGGCUGCCUCUAGAGAAUAUUAAAAUGGGAAGGCUGCAUGUGGCAAUAACUAUUCUCGAAGGCAAUGGAAAGGAGGAUGGGCAUCAACCCAACGGUGAACAAUCAACUAAGGAGACAAAAAGAGACUCUUUUGCAACUGAUGCAACAAACAAAGAUUCCUUCUCAUCUGUGUCAUCAGAGAAAUCUUCAAAAGUGGUUGACAAAUUUGAACCUAUAGACGUUGAUGGGCAGAAAGAUACUGCACUGUGGAUUCAACAACCAGGAAGUGAAGUUCUACAAACGUGGGAACCCAGAAAAGGGAAAAGUAGGCGUGUCGACACUGAGAUUCAAAGGGAGCCAAAUGAUGCCUCCGGCUGCAUCAGUCCAAACACAGAUAUAUCGGUUUCAAAUGGUGAUGGGAUCAUUAAUGAAAAUGUGGAUGAUAAGCAAUCAUCCAACCCAAUCCAGCGGGGUCUACGCAAGAUUGGUUCACUGUUUCAUAGAAAUUCAAAAGUGGAACAUCAGAAUAGCAUGUCUCGAGAAAUUCUUCCAUCUCCACAUGCUAAUCUUAGGUCGAUCAACUCGAAGAAGAAAGCGGUAAAAGUUAUUGUUGAACAAGACGCCAUCGCUAGGCCUGCUUCUGCUAGGGCUACACAGGAAGGGGUCACAAAUUCUGAUGGGAGCGGCUGUGAAAGUCCGAGCAGAGGACAUCAUAAGAGAAACAAAGCCAAGGAAAUUUGGAAGCAAGCAGAAAAAUCGGCUCACACUGUCAAGCAUGCACUUUCAAAGAAGGGUUCAAAUAAAUUUAAAGGCGAUUCACCACCAGCUGUGGCGGCAGGAAGUGGAUCUUCACAAUCUGAUUCUUCCGAAGAUGACUCACUCUCGUCAUCACUUAACCCUUCAAUGGAUGGAACAAUUCGAAUUGAGUCCCAACCAAUAUGUCUUGGUGAUAGCUCAAAUGAGAACAGAAUUUCGGCAGAUACAAGUGAGAACAGAAUUUUGGCAGAUACAAGUGAUCAAACAGUGGAUGUGAGGAAUCUUUCAGAGGAUACAAAUGUCCAAGGUUCGGGGAGAACAGAAGGUGAGGAGACCACGAGCUUAAACGGGUCUAUUGAGGGUAAAUUGGUCGAGGUUGAGCCCGAAGCAGUCAUUUCAGUUCCACUUCCAGAAGAUAAAGUUUUGAGCUUGGAUGAACAUAAAGGAUAAGCUGUUGGAACUUGCCUGCUCCAGUUUAGAACACUCUUUUUUGUUUCCUUUUCUUCCCUUUUAUUCUGUACAGGCACAAAAGUAGUGACUAGGUUGUGGAUGGCAAAAAUCAGCGGCACCGUAUGAGGCCAAUGUCCUUUUACUAGGUGGUCUAUAUAGCAUGUGAAUUUGUAAAGGAUUUUGGUUAAAGAAUUCAUUUGGAUAUUUAGCGCUUCAA